UCCUGUCGGGCACGGUGCAAAAGAUGCUCCCCGUUCCGCUCGUUAGAUGUUAGAUCUUUGACGUGUGAGAAGCAAGAAAGGAUCCCUGUGCAAAUCACGGAAGUGGACCCAUCUUUUUCCAGCAAUUCCGUGAUCUCCGAUUCCGGGCUCCCCGCUCAAUUCUUCAAGUCGAGUGAUGAGUGGGUCCAGUGAAACUCCAUCCAGCGUAUGAUAUGCAAUGGCUACAUGGUCGCGGAUUUGUACGGAGAUAUAAAUCCCAGUACCUGUUUCUCUGGGAAUUCGGAUCUCGGUAAUGUACGAGUAAUUAUGUUAGGGCUGGCUCGGUGGAGGGGGCAGAGGCACAUAUUUCGAGGAAUGGUGGAUGGUUUGGGGAUCGAGAAAGGACUAUUAAAGGGAAGAAGGAUCUCCGAAGAGGAAGAGAGUGCUGACGAUAUCCAGGAAGGAGGACGCUACCGUAUCACUCUGGGCUCCCUCCCCCCAUCCACCCCUACGUAACAACCCGAUUAAAUCAUGACGGUCCCGGCCUCAACCCCCCUAACUAACUUCGCGGCAUACACCCCUCCCAAUUCUACACAGCCACGGAUUGGACAUUUGGAUCUUGAUAGUCGGACAAUAACACCUCUCUCUCAUCAAUCGGGAACUCCUCUUACAAACCUCUACGAGGUCAUCGCAGCUGGCAAGAAUGCCCAAUUUAUCCCGACCUCCAUAUUCGAAUCUCCCCUCGAGCUCUCCUCUGUCACUCUUCUCCCACCGAUAUCGGGUCGGGAUGUACUGGCUGUAGGAAAGAAUUACGCCGAGCACGCAAAAGAGUUCAGUUCAAGUGGGUUCGACUCGAGCGACAAGGCUGACCAACCGACACACCCGGUCAUAUUCACCAAACGGGCCACAAGCAUUGUGGCAUGCGGUAGUGAGAUAUUCCCACACACAGGAUGGACAGAAACUUUGGACUACGAAGGGGAGAUUGGGGUAAUUCUGGGGAAGGAGGGGUUUGGAAUUCUAGAAAGCGAAGCUUUGGACUACGUUUGGUAAGUGAUAUUCCUCGACCCAUGUUCCUCUGAAAGUCUUGGAAGCUAAUGCCUGUUUGUGGUUCAGGGGGUUUACGAUCGUAAAUGAUGUAACGGCCCGGGAAAAGCAGAGGGAUCACAAGCAAUUCUUUCUUGGGAAGUCUGCAGACACAUUCUGUCCAAUAGUGAGUUAGCCCUCGGUCUUCUAAAUCCUCACCCAGACAUAGCCAAUCACUCACAACUACUAGGGGCCGAUUGCCGUACCAAUAACAUCUCUCCCGGACUACCAAUCCCUGCGAAUAACAACGAGCGUAAACAAUGAGCUCCGUCAAGACUCGAAUCUCUCGAAGCUAAUAUUCUCUAUCCCCACCCUCAUCUCCACCAUCUCAAGCGGCCAAACCAUCCGGCCAGGAGACGUGAUUGCAACCGGAACACCCGCAGGGGUUGGGAUCGGCCACGCCCCCCCAGCGUACCUAAAGCCCGGGGACGUCAUACAAGUUAGUGUGAGUAACCUCGGAACACUGACCAACAAGAUUGGCACCCCCGGCAAACGACCACCACAAAUUCUUCAGCAGCAGCCACCCGCCUCAAAGAGCGUUGUUACCCAAUUGACUACCCUCCGUAAUGGGAAGCAGGUCUAUGUUGAGCGCCACGGCGACAAAACCUCCUCUAACAUCAUUGUCUUUAUCCACGGCCUCGGUGCAAAUACGGCUUUCUACCACCCGUUAUUAUCACCAGCAUUACUAAAGCAUAACCUAAUCCUCUACGAUCUAGAAGGUCUUGGUCAGACACCCACAACAGCGAGUUCCAUCACCAGCAUACCCACCUAUGUUGACGACCUCGAAAACCUGAUGUCCUCUCUCCCCCUUCCCCCCGCCCCUAGGAUCUCCGUGGUAGCUCACUCCUUGGGCUGCCUCAUAGCCCUAACCUACGCCUCCAAACACCCCCUCCAAAACUUGAUUCUCCUCGGCCCCGUACCCAUACCCCUCAACCCAGCCUCUGCAGAACUCAUCCUGAAGCGCGCGAACAGAGUCCGUGCAGAAGGCAUGGUCCCAGUCACAGAAAUAAUCAUCUCUGGAGCUAUUUCGCGAAAGACUCGCGCGACAAAUCCCCUGGCUGUAACACUCAGCCGGUGCAUACUUCGCGGGAACGACGUGGAGGGCUACGCCAAGUGCUGCUCUGCGUUCGCGCGGUUCACAGGAGAGGGCAUCAAUUGGGACAGAUUGAGGGUCUCUGGUGAGAAGGUUGUCAUUGCGGGCGAUGAGGACAAGUCUGCACCGCUCAGCGCCACCAGGGAGACUGCUGAGAAGGUUGGGGCUAGGCUGGUUGUGCUCGAGGAGGUGGGGCAUUGGCUAGUUAUGGAGGACCUGGAGGGGGUUGGGCGGGUUGUUGAGGGAGUUUUUUGUUAGAACUUAGAAGUAUGCGGUUAGUCUCAGGUGGCUUACAAUGCGAAUAAACGUCAUGCCUAAGCUUGCUUACUAACCGACUAACUAACUUGCAGACUGAAGAUGCAUAAAAGAUAAAGUGUGUCAAAUCAGAUACGAGGCAAUAAAAUUCAAAUCCUACAGC